AUGCCAUAUGCACAAGGACAGGUAGCAGAGAUCCCUCAGUGCGCCGGCUGCAACCAGCACAUCCUGGACAAGUUCAUCCUGAAGGUCCUGGACAGACACUGGCACAGCUCUUGCCUCAAGUGUGCGGACUGCCAGAUGCAGCUAGCCGACAGGUGCUUCUCCAGGGCCGGGAGCGUCUACUGCAAGGAAGACUUCUUCAAACGCUUCGGCACAAAAUGCACGGCCUGCCAGCAGGGCAUCCCCCCGACCCAGGUGGUGCGUAAGGCGCAGGACUUCGUCUACCACCUGCACUGCUUCACCUGCAUCAUCUGCAACCGGCAGCUGGCCACGGGGGACGAGUUCUACCUCAUGGAGGACGGGCGGCUGGUGUGCAAGGAGGACUACGAGACGGCCAAGCAGAACGAUGACUCAGAGGCCGGAGCCAAGCGGCCCAGAACCACCAUCACAGCGAAGCAGCUGGAGACGUUAAAGAACGCCUACAAGAACUCCCCCAAGCCUGCCCGGCACGUGAGGGAGCAGCUCUCCUCGGAGACCGGCCUGGACAUGAGGGUCGUGCAGGUCUGGUUUCAGAACCGAAGGGCCAAGGAGAAGCGCCUGAAGAAGGACGCGGGGCGGCAUCGCUGGGGGCAGUUCUAUAAGAGCGUCAAGCGGAGCCGGGGCGGCGGCAAGCAGGAGAAGGAGAGCUCUGCAGAGGACUGUGGGGUUAGUGACAGUGAGCUGAGCUUCCGAGAGGAUCAAAUUCUCUCAGAACUUGGCCACACCAAUAGGAUUUAUGGCAACGUGGGGGACGUUUCAGGCGGACAGUUAAUGAAUGGGAGCUUCUCCAUGGACGGGACAGGACAAUCCUAUCAGGACUUGAGGGAUGGGAGCCCCUAUGGAAUCCCCCAGUCUCCCUCCUCCAUAUCGUCCCUGCCAUCCCACGCUCCUUUGCUCAAUGGGCUGGAUUACACGGUGGACAGUAAUUUGGGCAUCAUUGGGCAUGCAGGGCAGGGAGUGAGCCAGACGCUGAGAGCCAUGGCUGGGGGACCCACCUCUGACAUCUCCACAGGAAGCAGUGUAGGCUAUCCUGACUUCCCAACGAGCCCAGCCUCUUGGCUCGAUGAAAUGGAUCAUCCUCCUUUUUAAACAUCUCUCCUCCCCACCCUACCCGUCCUGGCUUGAGAGAAUAUCUUCAAGGAUCAAAAGAGACUUGCCUUUUAAGGAUCAAAAGUGCACCAGUGUGAAUUUCCAUUAUUUUCAAUGGAAGUCCUCUGCUGAACCCUAGGCGGGUGAGAGACCAGACCACACUAGGGCCCUGUUACCCUGGGGAAGUAGCGGGAAGGCAGCCUCCUCUCAGGACACAGCACAGGGGUGCAGAGCCUAGAGCGCUAGGGUGCUGCUUGGCGGCUUCCUACCCCCGCCCUGCUUCCAGGCUUUGGCUGCUCGGUGCUUGGCAGCACGAGGUGACCGUCAGGCCACCUUGGCCUUUGGGAACUCUGCUCCGACUGGUGUGUCUCCUGAGAUGCCUCCCGAACCACUUCUCUCCACCAGAACUGAGAUUCCUGAGGUAGAGGCAUCCUGGCCCUUGAGUAUAAUAAAAGUGAUUUCUGGACCACUCUAUUGAACUCUAAUUUUGAAAAUAAAAAGUCACUUAUUAAAUGUCAGUGAAAACUUUGAUGGCCACCGUUUGAUAUUGAAAACGUCCCCUUCUCCUCCUCCUUCUUCUUCCCUUUUUUUUUUUUUUGCUGUGAAAAAUAUGACUUCUUCCCUGCCCAGAAGUACAAGCCAGAUAAUAUUUGUCAGUUUUGGUUUUAAAGAGAUCCCAUCCCUAUCACUGAAUCCCUGACGGCAAGAAGUGGUUUUCCUUGCAGGUGACUCAGGCUGGAGCUGAGUGGCCCUGGACCAUCACAGCGACUGCCCGACGAGUCCCCUCGGUGCACACUGUGCCUUUUUAAUUUGCUCGUAUCAUUUAUUCCACAAGACAGGCUGUGGGUUACAAAGUGAUCCAAGCUAAAAUACGGAGAGAACAGAAGGACAAUCAGCGCAGACGCGCAGGCGCAUGUGGAUUCUAAGCGUGCGGUCCGCUUAGCCGUGUCAGCAGACGUGCUCCCAGAGCUCCCCAUCCCGCAGGCUGAAACGGCAUUGAGUCUGCUUUGCAGGAGUGGGUGUAGAUGAGUUUGCGAGCCCAUCCCACCGGCAGCCCGCCCGCCCCAGACCUUGCAAAAGGAGAGCUUUCUCUGUGGUAGCUGACUCACUUGGACAGUUUUGGUAUCUUCCAAGAGCCAGCAAUGCUUUUUGGCCCAGCUUGGUUGGGAGGAAUCACUCGGGAGCAGCCCUAAGAUCGC